GAGGUAACAAGGGUGUCCUCGACCACAUAGAAAGAAGGAAACACAGAACACAACUCACUCACCAUUCACAUCACACCCAACAAUGACUUCUCUGCAGAACUCUCCAACACUCUUUCACAACUCUUUCCCUCAGAAGCAUGCUACUUCUCGUUCAUCUAAAAGGGAUGCCAUUUCCUUCAUUGUCAAAGCUUCCCAUGAACCCUCAGCUUCUUCAACUGGGUUUCUUUCUCAAGGCAAAUUGACUCAUGACAAAGAUGCAUUGUGCAAACUGCUGUAUAGACCAGGAAGGCGCCAAGUGAUUGCCAUUGGGACAACUGCCCCAUUAGUUUUUCUGUUCAAUCAAAACUCAUACUCUUUUGCUGCAGAAAAUAAGAAAGGAUUUUUGCAUGUUUUGGACAAGAAAGAUGGAUAUUCAUUUCUCUACCCUUUUGGGUGGCAGGAAGUAGUGAUUGAAGGUGAAGAUAAGGUGUUCAAAGAUGUCAUUGAACCACUGGAGAGCGUCAGUGUAAAUAUGAUACCAACUGGCAAACUGGAUAUUAAAGAAUUUGGGCCCCCUGAGCAGGUUGCUGAAACUCUAGUAAAAAAGGUUUUGGCCCCUCCAAACCAGAAAACAAAGAUAAUUGAGGCAAAAGAGCAAGAUAUUGAGGGAAAAACAUAUUAUCGAUUUGAGUUCAUUGCUCGGGCUCCAAACUAUACUCGUCAUGCUCUCAGCACAGUCUCCAUUGGCAAUGGUAAAUUUUACACCUUGACAACGGGAGCAAACGAGAGAAGAUGGGAAAAGAUGAAAGAGAGGUUGCAGACGGUCGUAGAAUCCUUCAAAAUUUUCGAUGUUUGAUAAUAUUUAUUAUUACCAUAUUAGAGAUAUUUAACUCUUCAUCAGCGAGAAUGUUCAUUUGAGCUUUUAUAGUCACAAGUUCAACCUGUUGUUAGCUUUUCUCCAAAUAUAUGUAUAAUAAAUGUGUAAUGCGUUGU